GAGGGAGCGCGAGCGGAGAGGAGAGGGUGUCCCGUCUGCGCGGAGCACAGACAGACAGCAGGGAACAGCUGCAGCGUUCACUUCGGAUUUCCACUGCAUUGCGAUUGUACCGAGAUCGAUCGUUUCCUCCGAAUCUCCCAAGUCGAGGCGCUCCAACAGCGACCACUCAUCACCUUCAGACAUGGUUGAUCGCGAGCAGCUGGUGCAGAAAGCCAGGCUGGCUGAGCAGGCAGAGCGAUACGAUGACAUGGCUGCUGCUAUGAAAUCGGUAACAGAGCUGAACGAGGCCCUGUCCAACGAGGAACGGAACCUCUUGUCCGUGGCUUACAAAAAUGUGGUGGGCGCCCGCCGCUCGUCCUGGAGGGUCAUCUCCAGUAUCGAGCAGAAGACCUCCGCCGACGGCAAUGAGAAGAAGAUCGAGAUGGUGCGAGCCUACAGGGAGAAGGUUGAGAAGGAGCUGGAGGCCGUGUGCCAGGAUGUGCUCAACCUUCUGGAUAACUUCUUGAUCAAGAACUGCAGCGAGACACAACACGAGAGCAAAGUCUUCUACCUGAAGAUGAAGGGCGACUACUAUCGCUACCUGGCCGAGGUGGCCACCGGGGAGAAGAGGGCCACGGUGGUGGAGUCGUCGGAGAAGGCCUACAACGAGGCCCACGAGAUCAGCAAGGAGCACAUGCAGCCCACCCACCCCAUCCGCCUGGGCUUAGCUCUCAACUACUCUGUCUUUUACUACGAGAUCCAGAACGCCCCGGAGCAGGCCUGUCAUCUGGCCAAGACCGCCUUCGACGACGCCAUCGCCGAGCUCGACACCCUCAACGAGGACUCCUACAAAGACUCCACUCUCAUCAUGCAGCUGCUGCGAGACAACUUGACACUGUGGACAAGUGACCAGCAGGAUGACGAGGGCGGUGAGGGCAACAAUUAAACGGAAGCCACUCUUCGAUUUAAAAAAAAAAUUAUGAAGGCGCUGGUGGACUUUGGCAGCCGCUUUUGCCGAUGAUACUACCGCAGCAGCAGUUCUUUAUUUUUCCAUGUGUUAAAAGAAAAGAAUCAAAAGAGAGGUGAGAGUGGAGGUUAAAUCUUAGUUUAAAUAUAUAUAGAAAUAUAUAUACAGUUGAAAGGGGCCUCCUUCUUCUUGAUUUUCUCUUUGACAUUUGCCAAAACCACUGAUAUGUCAGUCAAUCAGCCUGCAGUGGUUGUUCUUGGAUUGAAAUGGCGGCCUCACACUGGCAUCGGGACUGGUCUUGUUCUGUCAAGAUAAGCUGCUUUGUUAGGUUUUUGCGAGAUAGAGCUGCAUUUGAGUCACUUGAGAGAGAAAAUGCUUGAAUGGGAAUGCCUCACUAACAAGUCUGCAUUGGUUCCAGUCGACACUGGCGGGACGGGCCUUUAAAGCCCCCGCCCUCCAAUUCGUACCCAGAUUCUAAAGCUCAGAUCAGUCUGAAUUGGCUUCUACCGAAACAUAAAUGUGUCACUGGAACCAAUGAUUCUUUUGGCAACUGAAAGCAGAGACUUAACAGUCAUUUAAAAAAAAAAAGACAAAAAAAAGAAUAAAAGCAGCUUCGGAGUUUGUGGUUUAUUUCUGUGUUUGUUUUAUUAAAUGCACUUGCCUACUAUACUGUUUCUUCAGUGUAAGAUGAUGACAACAAUAAUAUUCAAUAUUGUGCAUGCUGGUGAUGUAUUUAUAUACAGUAGCUUGACUUUAUUAACUUAUACUGUGGGUGUUAAGUAUUCAUAUGAUUGAGAAAAACAGGCUUUGUCUAAUGUUGAUUUCUUAUUUAUUUUGAUAUCUUUUUGAUUUGCUUCUACCAAAAUGGUGAUCGUAAAAAUUGACCUGUACUGGGCGUUGCUAUAGUGACAUGCAAUAUGUGUAUUCAAUUUGUUACUGAAAGAAAAAAAAAGAAGAUUAAAACCUCACCAGUGAUCACUUAAUCUUACCUGCUGGUGUUCGUCACAUAUGUUUUUUCAAUACUUUCUACUGUCAUGCUUAUCCAGUUGAACGAUGGUGAUGUUUUCAGGCUGUUAUGAUUCACCACAUGGACCAUGUUUCUUUCUGACAGUAUUUUAUUUUUUGUUUGUCUCUUUUUUUUCCUCUUUUUUUUUUUUUUUUUUACCUUUUAGCUGUUCCUGAGUGACAAAAUAUCUUGAAUGUGAGUCAUUAUGUAGCAGUUGCACAAGAACCGAAAUAAUAGCUAUGAUAAUAAAAAAGAAUAUGACUAAAUUAUUAACGCGCCAUUUCGGUGGUGGUCCAGUGUAUUGUUGUAUCGUCGCCCACUCUGGUGCUUUCUUUUUCUUGUUAGCCGUUUUGGAUUGUCGGAUUCUUUUUAUUUUUGGGUUCGCUACGGUUUGUGCCUGUAUCAUGAUGAAGCAUGUGUGCAAGAUGUAAUAUCCAACCUGAAACGGUUUCUCACGUUGUGUUGCUUUGUGCAGCAUGUCAACAUGCAUCUUAGACGACUAGCAUAUUCGCGCAGGGGAUGGCUGGAGAGGGGCUGCACCAUAUCAAUAAAAGGAAUGCCUUGACCACCCCGGAUUUAAAGACACACAACGUUCGUUUAUUUAGCUUGGACGCGCCGCUUCAUUCGCCUCCAAAUAUUCUCCCCACCCGGAAGGACAAUGGUCCAGAGUUCGCCCUUUGGUCUCCUUCCAGCUACGUGCUUUGGAAAACUUCCAAAGGGCUGAAACAAGGUGACAUCAGCUACAUGGCACCUGCUUCCUACAGUAGGAUCAGCAGCUCCACUCCAGUGAUCGCUAAUGCUCUUUCACAAACAGAGCUUCAGCUGAGAACCAUGGCUUCAGACUUGGAGGUGCUGAUCCGCUUCAUAUCAGACCAAACAUAUCGACACAUUUCAGUCAAACAGCUGGACACCAAAACAUCUGCUCUCAUUGUGCCCCCCUCGCUGCUGAGUCACUCUGCCUUGCUGCUAACUCUAUAGCUCUCAGCAUAAAAUGGUUGUCAUCUCGCAGGAGACGGCUCACGGAAGAAACCAAAAGCCUUAAAAGUCAGUUACACGGGCUGAUGACAUCACCGUCCCGAGCCGGCCGCCAUGAGCUCACGCUCCAUGUCACAGCUGCUUUGGUUUAUUUUUAACCUGCUAUAAAGUUUGUGGUUUUCCGACGCUCGCCCGGCGAACGGCAUGAAAUCAUGACGGCAUUCUGCACAAAUGUUCACAUUGCUUCCCCUUGAAUGCUACACUUUGAGUUCUUUGAGUUUUUUUUUUUUCGACUGGAUUUUCUUUUUUUGGUUUAAUUUUGUCUUCUGUUGAUCUAUUUAUUUGAGAAGUGUUGCCAAGAAUACAUGCAUUGUCUCCACAAUGGAUUCCUUUUUUGCUCUUUUUUUCUGUGUUUGUGUCGUUCGCACCUCAGUUUGUGAGUCAGAAGUCAGGAUUCUGAAG